AUGUUCGGUGCCAUGCGUUCCGUUAAAGCCGCAAGUCGUGCCUCAAGUCUGGGCCCACUCUCUACCUUGCCACCGCUAACUCAGUACAUUGCACGUAUUGAGCAUUGCUUCCCGCAGAAGCAGCGUACUAGAUCGCUAUUGAAUUUGUCGUCCUUCGCCGCCUCUCGCUUUCCAAACACAUGCAGAAAUUUUCGACGCACGAGCUCGUCCCUGUCCAAAGCUUCAAAAAGUGAACAAAGUACUGUCAAUAGCAUGUCGCAUCUUGAGCGGCUGAAGGACCAAUGGCGAAAGUAUGGCGUUGUAGCGAUCGGCACAUACUUGACCAUGUAUGGAGCGGUACUGGGCUCCAUCUAUUUGGCCAUUGACCGGGGAUGGAUUCAUACCAGCAAGACAACUAACUUAAAGGAUCAUGAGAAAGAAGAGGACGAUCGUUUUGAUUUUGUUACCACGACCAACAGAUUUGUCAAGCUAGCGGAAGAUUUGGGCAUUGCGCAGUACUUGGAGAUCGAGCGUGUGAACGCCAAGACGGGUUCAUUCCUGUUGGCCUGGAUCGCUACUAAGUUCACCGAGCCUGUACGUCUGGCGUUGACUAUCGCUGUAACGCCGCGGAUUGCGCGUUUUUUGGGCCGCGCACCCAAGCUGCCGCCGAAAACUCCAGGAAAACUUGCUAGCAUGAUGAAGAAAGAGCAGAAGACACAGGAGCAGCAGUCAAAGGCGUAG